AAACCCUCACAGCUUAGUAAUUCAUAUCUGACUUUCUUGAACUAAACCAGUCUUUAGUGCAAGAAUUUCAGCUUUCUUCUUUUCAAAUGGCAAACUCCAUACUAAGAUCAAUUGAUGGUCACAACCAAAGAAUUUUUCUUGCUCUCGGGUUACUUAGUCUUGCGGCCAUGAUGCGAAAUGCUGGUGCGUAUGAAUUCAAAGUUGGAGGUGUGAAUGGGUGGACGGUUACAAGUAAUCCUGACGAACAUAAUCAAUGGGCUCAAACAAGAAGAUUUCAGAAAGGAGAUAUUUUAUUGUUCGUCUAUAAACCGAGCCAAGACUCGGUACUUCAAGUAAACAAGCAAGACUAUGAUAAUUGCAACACAGGAUCUCCCAUUGCGAAGUUCGAAGAUGGUAACACAUCAUUUAAUCUUACUCAGUCCGGUCCUUUUUACUUUAUUAGUGGAAUAGAGCUCAACUGUCACAACAAUGAGAAGCUGACUGCCAUAGUCUUAUCGGAUAGAAGCAAAACACCACCACCUCCUCCACCUUCUUCUCCUCCUCCUCCUCCUCCCGCUGCAACUACCCCAUCUCCAGCUCCUGCUGGUGAGUUAUUUCCAUCUGAUCAAUCUCCUCCACCACCACCACCACGAAAUGGAGCUUCUUCGUCAUUUGUGAGCUUGACAAGUUCUAUCGGAGCUUUUGUUAUGGGUUCAUCACUUCUCUUAGUUCUUUAACUCAUCUAAAGGACUUGAAUCUAUAUCAUUAUUACGUAUAAAUAAGGGUUUGCAUGAGGAGUUGGAAUUUGAGUUUCUUUUAUCCACAUUGUUUUUGCUUUCCUCAAAUUUGAUCACUUUGUAGGAUUCGGCUGAGGUUUGAAAAGGGUGGAUUGUUUGUUUUCUUCAAUUUAUUUGUGAGAGAUUGAAAAAUAAAGUUUGAGUAAUUAUCUAUUACUAGUCUGUUUGUUGGCUAUGCAUAUUUUGUUUUACUGUUGAUCAUUGGCUAUGUACAUUCAACAUAGUGAAAAUAUAUAAAAGACUAUUUAUUUGUUUAUAAA